GUCAUCCCCCCAUGCGUGUCCACAUUGUUCAUUCUUCACCCACAAGAGCUUCCCAGUUAGCGGUUGUUUCACUUCUCCCUCUGUCCUGGAAGAAAGAAGCGAGCUCGGUGACAGCGAAUCACUUAAUUUAGCUUUUUCUUUCGUUCCUCUUUUUUUUUUUAAUUGUAUUUUGAAAUACACUCCUUUCCUCCACCGCUAGUUUUGUUGCUUAACCAGCAAGAGGCGCUAGUUAGCUGCUCAGCUUAGCUCGAACCUCCCCUCCUCCGCCUAUCCCUCUCUCCCUCUCGGCAUUAGCUAGCUAACUUGCACCCGGCCGAAGGCACCUCUAUCCCGCCAUCUGCGCGCCGACAUGCCGGACUACCUGGAGGACCCGUCUGUGCUCACCAAGGAGAAGCUGAAGAGCGAGCUGCUGGCCCACAGCGUGGAGCUCCCGAGCGGCAACCCGACCAAGGACGUGUACGUGCAGCUGUACCUGAAGAACUUGACCGCGCAGAACAAAAAGCUCGUCUCGGACACGACCUGGGACGCCUUCUCCAGCGACGAGGAGCUGCCGCCGCCCGUUGUCUCCAACAGAAGUCGCUCGUCCGGCAGAAAAGCCACCAGGAAGACGGACAAGGUCCAGCCUGAUGAGCUGGAUGUGACCAUGCUGACCGAUGUGGCCCUGAGGGACGAGCUGCUCAAGCAAGGAGUGGAUGUGGGGCCGAUAGUGGCAUCCACCCGUAAUGUUUAUGAGAAGAAACUGCAGAAACUGCUGGACAACGGUCCUACACAGCUACCGCCACCACCACAGCCACUGCUGGUUCUGCCUGAGAUACAAGUCAACCACAACGGCCACUUUGAAUCAGACCUCUACAGCGACAAGGAGGAUGAAGUGACAGCCGAGCCAGAGCCUGUGGCAGAGCCUGAACCAGGUCCAGUCUUGGAGAGACCAGUGAGGAGCCGAGGGAAGACGCCCGUCACCAACCGUACCCGCAGCAGCCAGCACCAAACGAUAGUGGCUCAGGAUCUCUGGCCUGUAUUGAGAGAUCCUGUCCAUUUAGAGUCAAACAGGACAGUUCGCCACAAGCACGAGGAUAAGCCUCCAACUGAGCCCCGCUCCGCCUCGUCCAGACGUGUUGAGUCAAAGAGUCAGUCUGAAGAACACAGUCGUCACCCAGCUGCCAACCCUUCAUCUCCUCUGGUUCAGCUCACCCUCAGCCCCAUAAGUAAGAUCUCAACAAUUCAGAGUCAGGGGUCCCCCUGGACAGUGUCACACCAGAUCGGAUGUAAGGCCGGCGGCGUCUCUGCAGCAGGGGAGGAGUGCGGCCCUACAGACAUCCAGCUGCAUAAAAAGAGGCAGCAGAGAAUCACCAGCUUCCUGUCUUCGUACAGCCCCGUGAGGACACACGGCUACACAUCCACGCUGUCAGAGGAUUUGUCGGUGAGACAGGUGGAGAAGAUCACAGCCAGCGACCAAAACCCAAAAGUGGAGGAGAAGGAAGUUCUUAAGGAGCUGUUCCCCAAUGACUUCAACAGUCCGUCAGGAAUCUCCGCCACCUGUCGGCGACCCAUCCGAGGAGCUGCCGGUCGCCCAUUGAAGCCCAGCGACCUUUGGAACAAUGAAAAUGGCCUCUUGUCUCCAAAAAUCACCAAAACCAGCAGCUCCGUGUCCUCCUACACAGAGAGCCGCACUGUCAACAGAGUCACCAGCAUGCCCCCCUCCGCCACCCCCUCCUCCACCCCCUCCUCCACCAGGCUUCUGUCUGCGGCUCCCCCUGCAGGUCAGACCAAAGGAGUGCGCCGCGGCAUGUCCCUGUGGAUUAAGCUGUUCCUGCUGGCCAUUGUGGCUGCCUUCCUGUUCUUGGUCUACCAGGCCAUGGAGACCAACAGCAUCAACCCGUUUGUGGCCCCAGACAAAGAAGUGGCCAGUGGCAGUACAGCGUAGAGAGCAGUGUCUGACGGGAAAGAGAAGAAGUCUGCUUCUUAUGUUUUUCCUUUUUUAUUUUUUAAGUGUGAAUCUGCAUUGUAGCCAUUUUGUUCACAGGUGCUGUGAAGUUACCUCUGACAUCAUCAAUUUUUUUCUUCAUUUCUGAAUCAAUUUUCACUGAAACCCUAAAGAGACACAACGUAGCAGUUUCAGAGACACUUCCAAGGAUCUCAUGACAUGUGAAAUGACAGUGAAGACAGCAUCUGCUGUUGUUAUUUUGGUCCACCUGUGACCUCUCACCUCAUUGUCUGUGAGGUUACAACAAAGUCAGCUACUAGUCAACUUUGCGAGACAGAAACACAGAAGAUUUCAUGAAAAAAUGUGGACUCACUUUUUAUCUUUAUCUGUCUUAUUUCAGACGUGUAUGUGUUCGUGUGAGAGAAAUAUUUGUCACUCUUUUGCCUUGGCUUCUGUUUCUGUUAGUCAUUAAAAGCUUUGAAGGUGGUAUUUGAACCUGUAAUGUUUUGUACUUGACCAUCUUUGUUAAUGAGACAGGGAGGCUUGUUAUCGUAACCCAAACGCUUCUAAAUCUUCUUAAACCCUUCACCAAUAUUUUCUUUAUGUUCUCUUAUAAUAAAAUGUAAUGUCCCUGUGUAUUCUACUUAAUUAUGUAUUCACUGUCACAAAUAUUAAACAUCUACUCAAUAAACUAUCAUGUUGUUACUGUG